GUAUCUCUCAGCUCGCUACGCGUUGUCUUUGAAUGUAGACGAAGACCCAACGGCAUCGCCUCGUUGUGUUCUAGACCAGCAGGGAGCGCUGUUGGGGCGGGUGGUCUGCUCGGAGUUCUCGGGCUGUAGUCAAGUGUUGACAGGCAGUCUGAGGGUGAAUCCAUGGGACACUGAGAAAGUGCUCAAUAUGCUAGAUGAGAGUCUUACGCUUCCUAUGCAGGAACUAACGAGCCGGUUCGCCAGAGACAUUUCGUAUGUGACUAGCCAUAGCCUGUUGAGAUGGGCUCAGGGUAUCAUCAACGAUUUGGCGCGAUGCAGGGCCCAUUAUAUGUCGAGAAUGUCCAAUCCCGAUGCUGACAAGGAGGUGGUUGUGAGGGACUAUAGUAAGGCCCAGAGGAGGAUAUUCUUCUUUGAUAAUGAGGGAACCCUGGCACCAGACUUGAGGCGCAU